AUGCGGUUGGAAGAGGAUUGUGAACAGGCAGAAGCGAUAAUACCGGAAUAUAACAUAAGUAAGGUAUGGGGAGAGAAAGAAAGGAUUGUGGGAUGGUUAUCUGGUGCAAUCAAGAUUCGUACUGAAGUAUUCGACGAGAUGAGGGAUAUAGGUGUUGAUAAACGUUGGGAUGUGUUUUACGACUUUCAUUCGUACCUCCGUGAUUCAUUCCCCCUCGUUCAUUCCCAUUUCACAGUCACCUCACACAACCUUUCACUAGUAUACGAACUCCCCGGUUCCGACCCAACCUUCAAACCACUCAUGUUAACAGCUCAUCAAGAUGUCGUACCCGUCCUUCCGUCCACUAUCGAUCAAUGGACACAACCUCCAUUUUCCGGUUUAUACGACGGUGUUCGUAUUUGGGGUAGGGGAGCGGCAGAUACGAAAAGUAGUUUGAUAGCUAUUUUAGCUUCUUUAGAAUUCUUCUUGGAGGAUUCAAGGGGAAAAGGAGAGAAAUGGAUACCGAAAAGAGGAUUGGUUUUGGCUUUUGGAAGUGAUGAAGAGAGAGGUGGUUUAGUUGGAGCUCCGAAAGCGAACGAGUAUUUGGUUGAUAAGUAUGGAGAAGGGAGUAUGGCCAUGUUGGUAGAUGAAGGAAACGGUCUCCUCACUGCAUUCUCCAAAACUUUCGCCGCUCCAGGUGUAGCAGAAAAAGGUCAUGCAGAUAUCCGUUUGACUAUCCGAACUCCAGGAGGACAUUCUUCCGUCCCUCCGAAACAUACAGGAAUAGGUCUACUCUCCCUUUUCAUUUCGGAAUUAGAAAGAAAUCCUCAUCCGAUAUCUAUAAAUGAGAAAAGUCCUUUGUAUGGGUUUAUGACUUGUGCUGCUAGAUAUGGAGAUGUAUCUAAAGAAGUGAAGAAAGGUUUGAAAGAUGUUAAAAAGGGUAAAAAAGGAGCUUUGGAUAAGUUACCGGAUGUUUUGAAGAAAAGUGGUUUGGAUCCUUCUCGUGGACUUGGACAAGGAAACCCGUUGGAAGCUAUGAUGUCAACCACUCAAGCUGCCGAUAUGAUCUCCGGUGGGGUCAAGACUAAUGCACUCCCUGAAGUAGCAGCAGUAAUCAUUAAUCAUCGUAUUUCUCUCACUUCCUCAGCUUCAGAAUUACAUGAACGUACCGCAUCCCUACUUAUACCUUUAUGUAAACAAUACGGUUUAUCCUAUAUCAACUGGCAUAAUCAAACUCUUCUCUCAGGUGAUAAAGGUAGUUUAACGGUAGAUUCUCCAUUUGGAUAUCAUACGGAACCUGUAUCUUCAAGUCCUACCGAUAUUUCCGAUGGUGCAUGGAGAGUUUUAUCUGGCACUUCAAGAGGGAUUUGGAAUACUAGAAAAGAUAAAGAUGAUGGAAAGGGGGAAUUGAUAAUGGCACCUUUUAUGACUACAGGGAAUACCGAUACGAGACGUUAUCGUCAACUCACACCUAACAUUUAUCGAUUCCGAUACCUUCCUGCUGAUGCGGCGGCGGGAGCUCAUACAGUUUCAGAAUGGAUAGAUGCAGAGGCUUUGGUCGAGUUUACAAGAUGGUAUCAAGCUUUGAUUUUGAAUAUGGAUCAGGUGAGUGUGUGA